AUGGCGGCCAACAUGUACCGAGUUGGAGAUUAUGUGUAUUUUGAAAACUCCUCCAGUAACCCGUAUCUGAUUCGUCGAAUAGAAGAACUCAACAAGGUGAGGUUUUUUUUGUCUACUACAGAUUAUGUGUAUUUUGAAAACUCCUCCAGUAACCCGUAUCUGAUUCGUCGAAUAGAAGAACUCAACAAGACUGCCAAUGGAAAUGUAGAAGCCAAGGUGGUCUGUCUCUUCAGGCGGAGAGAUAUAUCCACCAAUCUGAACACUCUAGCUGAUAGCAAUGCAAGAGACUUUGAAGAGGAGUCCAAGCAGCCUUCAAUGUCAGAACAGCAGAAACACCAGCUCAAGCACAGAGAACUGUUCCUGUCUCGACAAUUUGAGUCUCUCCCGGCCACACAUAUACGAGGAAAAUGCAACGUCACACUUUUGAAUGAGACUGAUGCUUUAACUAUCUACCUAGAGCGAGAGGACUGCUUCUUCUACUCGCUGGUGUUUGACCCAAUGCAAAAGACCCUGCUGGCUGACCAGGGCGAGAUCAGAGUGGGAUCCAAAUACCAGGCAGAGAUCCCUGACAAACUGGCUGAAGGUGAUUCAGACAAUCGAGUGCAGGAGAAGCUUGAGACAAAGGUUUGGGAUCCUAAUAACCAGCUGAAGGAUCCUCAGAUAGACCAGUUCCUGGUGGUGGCACGGGCUGUUGGUACGUUUGCACGUGCACUAGACUGCAGCAGUUCAAUCCGCCAACCCAGUCUGCACAUGAGCGCAGCGGCAGCAUCUAGAGACAUCACGCUGUUCCACGCCAUGGACACUCUGCAGAAGAAUGGCUAUGAUCUCGCCAAGGCCAUGUCGACGCUGGUGCCGCAGGGUGGCCCGGUGCUGUGCAGGGACGAGAUGGAAGAGUGGAGCGCCUCAGAAGCCAUGCUGUUCGAGGAGGCUCUGGAGAAAUAUGGCAAAGACUUCAAUGACAUUCGCCAAGACUUUUUGCCCUGGAAGUCAUUAGCUAGCGUGGUCCAGUUCUACUACAUGUGGAAGACUACUGAUCGUUACAUCCAGCAGAAAAGACUAAAGGCAGCAGAGGCUGACAGCAAGCUGAAGCAGGUGUACAUCCCCACCUACACCAAACCCAACCCCAACCAGAUCAAUGCACCUGGAAGUAAACCUGGCAUGAAUGGUGCCACUGGCUACCAGAAAGGCCUCAGUUGUGAAAGUUGCCACACUGCCCAGUCCCAGCAGUGGUACGCAUGGGGCCCUCCCAACAUGCAGUGCCGACUCUGUGCAUCCUGUUGGAUUUACUGGAAGAAGUAUGGUGGUCUUAAGACCCCUACUCAACUAGAAGGCGCCACAAGAGCUGGCUCAGAUGCAGCUCCACGUGGUCACAUGACCCGCCAGGAGGUUCAGGGCAUGUCCCCGUUUACCAGCAGCGCAGGGAGAGCUAAACUUCUGGCUAAAAAUCGGCAGACCUUCAUCCUGCAGACCACUAAACUCACUCGAAUCGCCCGUCGGGUGUGCCAGGACAUCCUGCAGUCCCGCCGAGCAGCUCGACGCCCCUACGCUUCCAUUAAUGCCAAUGCUGUCAAAGCAGAGUGUAUGAUAAGACUUCCUAAAGCAGCAAAGAGUGCUAUGAAGAACCGCCUUAUUCCUCGACCGUCCCUCAUCAAUAUAGUUAAAGAAUUGGCUGUUCAAGCUCCUUUGAAACUCAAAGCCCCUCGAGGUGCUCCAACCCCUAUCAACCGUAACCAGGUUAACCAGCCUCGGAGCGCAUCCGCCCUACUGGGCAAGAGGCCCUUCGACAAUGCUGGGGGUAAUUCUUUGUCCACCAAUGGAAGACCAUUCGCAUUGGGAAUGAGAGCAGCCAACCAGUCAGUCAUUAAGAGACAGAAGGUCAGUCAAGGAGAUGCUCCGAAUCCAGUGGUGUUUGUGGCUACGAAAGACACCAGAGCACUGAGGAAACACCUCACUCAGGCCGAGAUGAGGCGGGCGGCCAGAAAACCACACCUCCCAGUCAGAAUCAAACUUCCCGUGCCGCCCCGGCCGCUUCCCGUACCCAUCAUACCCUCCAGCACCAGUGAGCCAAUCGUGUUGGAGGACUGAGCGAUGUUCCAGUAGACCACAUCCAUUGCCAGAGCAUGUUAAACCCACCAUCGUCAGCUGUUCUUCUUUAUUCCUCGUCUUCUGUUGUCCCCCCCAGAUCCCAUACGCACACCACACUCACGUGCUCGGGAUGAUGACAUACCCCAUACUCUUACACCAGCAUACACCACACUUCAUAGCAUUUUACUCCCAGUGUUAUAGUUUAAGGGUUCGGUGCCCUGCUGUCCCGUUGCUUUUUUUAAAUUGCAAAUCCUUUUAACAGUGUAAUUUAAAGCAAAUCAUGUUCAUUCUAAGAUGGUGGAAAAGCACACUUUAUUUUUCUCCAGUUCUGUCGUUAUCUGUAUAAAUAUUAACAGGAUUUUUCAAGAGUUUGAUUCUUGUGUGUAUGGAAAGUGGGAUUUGAAUGUGUGCGGGAGUACAUGGUCUUUUUACCGUAAUUUUCUCAAUUUCUUAGGUUGUUUAUGUUAAAAAUAAAAAUCACCCUUUUUCAUGCUAUAUAGACAAAUAAAUGAUUGCGCUGCUCAUUUUAUUUCAGCCAGUACUUGUGGUUUCAGGCCUAGCUGAAUUCUGGAAAGAUGGUAUCAUGAAAUGCAUUGCAGCUAAAUGAUUGCUCGCUUUACAGCAGAUCUGCACUCGAAUUGGUGUUUAUUGAUAGCGACCUGGUUUCUCAAAAUCUUUUUUUGUUUUUUUUUGUGAUCAUGGAUCCAAAUCUCCUGCAGUGUAGCUACUCCAGUCAGUGAUAUUUGAAGGUCUCGUAGGUCUUAGUAUGAAAACACGUUUGAUGACUUAAGAUUUCUGGUUGUAGUAAAGUGUUGAAGGUGUUCAUGAAUGUGAGGUGAAUCUUGGUUUGAGGUGAUUGGAUGUCGCAAUCAGUUUGGCCUGUUUUGUACCUCAAUAAUUGAGCCUUUUCCAUACAUCACAUCAUGAACAAAGCCAUAAAAGUUUGUUUUCCACAUCUGCUCUUUUUCCAAACAUGUUGACGCACUCGCAUUUGUGUUAUAAAGGUCUUGUGGGCUACUGGGAAGCUAUUGUUAGCAAUUGUAGAUAAUGAGAGGGAAGAGAUGUUUGAGUUUUUCUAGUAAUGACUCGAUUAUAGGCUGAUAUUGAUGCAUAUUUUUGCCUUAUGAUUAAGCUUUUUCUUUUUGAGCUGAACGGUUUGGGCUUUUUUGACAGACUUCCUGGCUUGUUGAGAUUAGUCAACACAAAAUUUCAUUGUAAAUCGUUCCCCCGAUUAGGGGUUUUGUAAUGUUUCUUAAACAAGUGGAGCGUGCACUGCACACUAAAGACACAAAUAAAUGUUAACAUGUCCCCUUUUAAUUGUCACCCGUUUUUUAUGAAGGGGGUUCGUUACCUCACAAUGUUUUGGCAAAGCUUGG